GAAGGCAUCUUUGUCGCUUUGAUACAAAUGAAAUAGGAGAAAAUCAUUAUCCCUGUAGUGCACGAUGACUCGAUGACCCUUCGCGAUUGCCCGGUUUGGCUUGCUGCUCUUGCUUUGACUCGACUGUACAGGUGGCCCCACCUAUCCCGCCCCGCCCGACGAUGACGGCGAUUGAUGAGAGAUAGAGGGCGAGCGAGGAGGUGGCAGUCAGUCAGCACAGCACAAUCCUCAUUUUCUCCCUUCUCCUUUCCCUUCACUCUCUUCUCUCCCAAUCUGGAACCCCUUCCCUCUGCUUUCCCAUGUCCCCCGCGUCCCCCUGCCGUUCACGGUUGACCUAGCGUGCGUCCCUGGGUCUCUCUCGCACCCUCACGCUCUCCGACGACUGGUGGGCCGCCGGCGCAGGCGCCGCGCUGCGCCAGGUGCUGAGGUGUUCGUCGGUAUCUUGGCUGGCAACGACCCUGCCAGGUUGAUUUACCUUUUACUCGGUGUUCUGUGCUCUCCAAUUGGUUCCUUGUCACACAACAAUUGUAGAGGAAAUGGAUUACUAUCAGCUGAAUGGGUAGCAUGAUGAUGAAUCGUAUAUCCGACAUCAUUUUUAUACUUUAGAUAAGACAGCAUGAUGGAACCUAGAAAAGAUGAUGUUCGCUCUGCUACUCAAAGUUCCAUUCGUGGGUCCUCAAGCUCAGCAUGUACCAGUUACCCCGUUCCAGAAUACCCUGUUGCAGGCACCGUUAAGCCUGUCCUUAAUUAUUCAAUUCAAACUGGGGAGGAGUUCUCUCUUGAAUUCAUGAGAGCUAUACCCAAGAAACAUCUUGUUCCUGGUAUGCCUCAUAAUCAGAAUGUCACUUCUAGUGCUGGUCACAAAGAUUCUAGAGUAAGCCUUGUUGCUCCUCGCACAGGAGGUGAAACUAGAUUCGAUGCAUCGAUAUUUCUGACCUCAGGUAACCAUCAACCAGAUGAGGUUGAAAGAAAACCUUUUUCUGAAAACGAAAACAGAAGAAGGCACAUGUCAAGUACGUCAGUUCCACGAGUUCCAUCUGGUGGUGGAAGUAGUCAGGGACUGUUCCGUGGCUAUGCUUCUUCCGAGGCUUCCGAAAGUUCCAGAAUGAUUAAAAUUCUCUGUAGCUUCGGUGGAAAAAUAUUACCCCGACCGAGUGAUGGAAAGCUCAGGUAUGUUGGUGGUGAGACCCAUAUAAUUCGGAUUAGUAGGGAUAUUUCCUGGCAGGAGCUUAAACAGAAGACAACAGCCGUCUGUAAUCAACCUCAUGUUAUCAAGUACCAGUUACCUGGUGAGGAUCUUGAUGCAUUGAUCUCGGUUUCAAAUGAUGAAGAUUUGAGAAAUAUGAUGGAAGAAUGUGGUUUACUUGAUAAUGGGGAUGGGUCCCAGAAGCUUAGGAUAUUCCUUGUUUCCUCUAUUGAAUUUGAUGAUAUGAGUUUCAGCCUGGGUAGUAUGGAUAGUGAUUCUGGAAUCCAAUAUGUUGCUGCCAUCAACGGGAUGGAUGGAAUAACUGCAAAUUCAUCUAGUGGCCAGGGUUUAGUAAAUACAUCCCUGAAUGAAUCUGAUCAGUUCAUUAAUCUCAAUUUUGAUAGUAGGCUGACAAACUCAAGCAGAGAUAGUUCAAAUUUGCAUGCAGUGAAUGCGUCUACUUUCAUGCGUCCAGAGAUGCACCCAAGACCAAUGCCAUCAGCUCUAUACAAUGAUAAUACUUCAAAUUUGCGCUCUUACUAUACCCAUGUGAUGCAUAAUUUGCAGGGUUCUGAUUAUUCCAACCCAGCUACCAGUGAAAGAUUUCAUGACAUUGAGGUUCAGAGGAUGCAUAAUUUGCAGGGUUCUGAUUAUUCUAACCCAGCUACCAGUGAAAGAUUUCAUGAAAUUGAGGGCCAGAUAUCUAUUCCUGUAUCUACACCUUCUGAUUAUAGAUAUACAUCCCAGUAUGCACCUUUCUCAGGAACUGCUUCACAGCGGUCUCUUGAUCAACAGUCUUAUCAGGAUGCUCAGACAGAAGCAUCGGUGAAGGAGGAAAAGGGGUUUUCUGGUAACAUGCCUAAUGAAAGCAAUGAACUAGAUUACUUUCAGUCGCUUGAAAAUCUCAGUGGUCAUUCGAAGCAUCAUGACUCAUCUGCUUCAAAUUAUAUGCAUUCAGGAGCCCCCCCUACUGUUUGUAUUCAAGAAGGUGUGACAUCUUCUCUUCAACCAAGUGACAGUGUUAAGAGCCUAGAGACUUGUACCAUGCCAAGAGCUAGGUCAACAACACAGGGUUCAGAUAUCAGCGAAGAUGAUCGCCACUCUGGCGGAGCUUUUGCAUCUGGCUGUUCUGACUUUCAGGCUGACAUGGUAGAUCACAGCUAUAAAAAUCAAUCUCCUCACCCUGGGCGAGUCUUUCAUUCUGAGUGGAUUCCGAGGGAGCAAGCAGGCUUUCUGAACCGGCUAUCUAAAUCUGAAGAUUCGCUAAAUCCUGAACUUCUAAUUCGUCAAUCACAGUCUGGCGUUGCAAGUGAACACAUUGCAGAAAAUAUUGAUUCUGCGUUUGCUGGGACGGAAAAACCAAAUUUAGCUGCCCAGGCUAUAAAUCUGAAUGAUCCAGCUGUCGACGAUAGUCUCAUACAGUUUGAGAAAGGGUUUACCAACACUGUACAGCAAGCUUCUCCAUUUAGUGAACAUCUGCUUGGUGAAAAGAGGCCCUCAGAUGACACAAGCGGUCGAAAUGUGGACCAAAUUAGCCAUGCAGCUCAACAUGUUGUAGCUAAGGGCAAACUCAAUGAGGAAAAUUUUCAAGAUGUAGAAACAACUAAUCAGCUGGAUUCUCAUGCUGCUGUGCCACAUCAUAUUAGUUGGGAUGCUCCUAAGCCAACACUGCCAACUGAUUGUGAACACGAUCCUGUCGUACCAUGUUCCGCCAGCUCUUUGGAUGUUUCUCACAAGGAAACUAUUAUCCCGAGCACACAGAUUAGAGACAUUGCUAGUAGUACAGAGAGGACCUCCCCUGACAUUCUUUCUGAUUUCUUUGCAAAUGCUAAUUCUUCAGCACAGUCGUCCAGUCCUUUUAUUGAUCCUAUCCAUAGUUUGAAUAUGCCUAACUAUGAACCCCAGCGGUGGUCAUUUUUCAGAAAUCUUGCACAAAAUGAGUUUCCAAAAAAGGAUGAGGCCCAAGAUCUGGCAAAGAUCGAGGAGGGAGUUUAUCCCUUAGAUCACUUAGAGCAUGAUACAACUAAUGUGAAGAAUUUGGAUCUUCAGAGUGAUACUACUGUGGAAGUUCCUUCAAUAGUUUCCCGCACCAAUGUCGAUCCUAGCAUUUCAAUUCCAGGUUUUGUCUCAUCGCAGAUUGACAAUCCAACAACAACGAAGAAUGUUGAAGGGUUCCAAGUUGACAAUCCUUUUACAAAUAUGCAUGAAAUGAUGCCAUCUCAUCUGGAUUUUGAGGAACAGAAGACUGAAGAGGGUAGGGCUGUUGGGCCAGUCAUGGAUGCUUCCUUUAAAGACAAUGAUUUUGAAUACUUGCAGAUUAUAAAGAAUGAAGACCUUGAAGAGCUUAGAGAACUUGGUUCAGGCACAUUUGGAACUGUAUACCAUGGAAAAUGGAGGGGCAGUGAUGUAGCCAUUAAGAGAAUAAAGAAAAGUUGCUUCACAGGACGGUCUUCAGAGCUAGAAAGACUAGCACACGAAUUCUGGCGAGAAGCUGAAAUUCUUUCAAAGCUUCAUCAUCCAAAUGUUGUGGCAUUUUAUGGUGUUGUGAAAGAUGGGCCAGGUGGUACAUUGGCAACUGUGACUGAGUUCAUGGUUAAUGGUUCUCUUCGACAUGUUUUGCAGCGCAAGGACAAAUAUCUCGAUCGUCGUAAGCGGCUUAUCAUAGCAAUGGAUGCUGCAUUUGGCCUGGAAUAUUUGCACUCGAAAAAUAUCGUGCACUUUGAUUUGAAGUGUGAUAACUUGCUUGUAAAUCUUAAAGAUCAAUCACGUCCCAUAUGCAAAGUUGGUGACUUUGGUUUGUCCAAAAUAAAAAGAAAUACCCUGGUUUCAGGGGGUGUGAGAGGGACACUCCCAUGGAUGGCUCCAGAAUUACUCAAUGGAAGCAGCAAUAAGGUGUCAGAGAAGGUUGAUGUAUUUUCUUUUGGUAUUGUUAUGUGGGAAAUCCUCACUGGCGAAGAACCAUAUGCCAAUAUGCACUAUGGCGCAAUUAUAGGGGGCAUCGUAAACAACACACUGAGGCCACAUGUGCCAGCUUCAUGUGAUCCGGAGUGGAGAAGGCUCAUGGAGCAGUGCUGGGCUCCAGAUCCGGCACAGCGCCCAGCGUUCACAGAGAUCGCUGGACGGCUUCGCUCCAUGUCAGUUGCAGCAAAUCAGGCGAAGGCAACCAAAUAAGAUACAGGUGGAGUACUGCCUUUCAACCCCCAAUCCGUUGGGGGUUCUCUUCUCCUUUUUUUCCUUUUGACUGGAGAGUAAUACAUAUACAUGCAUGUUAUAGAGUGCUGUAAAAAUUAGUGCAUCAAUUUAUUUAUAACCAUGUUAUGAGCUGGAUUGUAUCCGUGAAUAUUCUGGACCCGGUUUGAAGGUUGGUGAUGUGUAGAAGUAUUAGUUGGAAUUUGUUGAAUGGUCGCAGGUGUGCUUGUGCUCCCUCAUAAAACAGAAAUGAAUGUUGUAAUAUAUUCAAAACUGUGAACAAGGAGCUCUAUACUACACCUUUCUAUU